GCUGAAUUCUCUGAUAGUUUGCUCAUCUUUUGCCUCCCUGUUGCUCUCAGUCCCUUGUGGCUGUGCAGUUCCUCCCUGCCCUCCAGCACUGAGCCCAUGAGGAUGUCUGUAAGGUAGGGCUGAGCUCAGGAUGGGGCUCCUGCAUGCGCCCCGGGGGAAGGGGAUGCCUCUCUCCUUCUCCUCCACUCUGUCCUUGCCUUUAAGGAAGGCCACGGGCUGUCUAGGGCUCACCUUCGUUGUUAGCACUUCAGGCACAGCGUGGAGGUGUCCUUGGACUCGGCUUCAGAGGGAGCCCGAGUAGGGCAGGACAAAGUACACCCGUUCUGAUGCUUUUAAGCAACAACGGCAGUGCUGCUGAAUUCACUCCUGGGUGGCUCUGUUGAGCAGCACUGCCGCUGCUCAUCCUCGGUUCUGGGACUGCCAGCAGAGCAUCUGCUGUCUGAUGCUGCCGUGCUGCUGAGCGCUGCAUCUACUGAGCAGCGAGGUUCGGCGUCACGGCUGGAGCGGGGCAGGAGCUGCGGUGCUCGGAAAGGAGGAGGGUGAAGCUGCGAGCCCGCUAUGGGGAUGCCCUACUCGAACACGCCGUCGUCACAUCGGGACUGUGAGUGGCGGCACCGAAUGCCCCUAGGGGGCUGCGGGACGAGGAGCGUUUGGGGGCUGUUCUCGGGAAGCUGUGAGCACUUAAAGCGAGGCCAUCCCCCGGGGAAUUCCCUGCUAUUCCCCCGCGAGCCCCGGCUCAGCGCCCACAUAUCCCUAUAUAACGCGCAGUCUCUACCUGCCGCUGUACUGAGGACAGCUGAGCGGGAGCUGCCGCCGCACCGCGGAGCCGCUGCGGAUCCGCCGCCCCCCGGAACCCCCACCGACGACGACGCCGCGCCUCGUAGCCCCGCGGCGAUGCUGCUCUGCCCCGAUCCGACCGUCUGGCGGCCGCCCAAGCGGGCGUUUGCUCCUCUCCUCCUGCUGCUGGCAGAGCUGGGCUGCAGCUCCCCACCCACGUACCAGUGGAGAGAUGCUGGGACCAAGGAGAAGGUCACCUGCCAGCAGUGCCCGCCGGGGACAUUCGUGGCACAGCACUGCACCAGGGACAGCCCGACGGUGUGCUCGCCCUGCCCCGACCUGCACUACACGCACUACUGGAACUACCUGGAGAAAUGCCUCUACUGCAACGUCAUCUGCGGGGAGCGGCAGGUGGAGGUGCAGCAGUGCAACGCCACCCACAACAGAGCGUGUCAGUGCCAGGAGGGCUUCUACACCGAGUUGGAGUUCUGUGUGCAGCACUCCGUGUGCCCACCAGGUUCUGGAGUCGUGAAGUUGGGUUCCCCCUUUGAGAACACGCAGUGCCACACCUGCCCGCGGGGCUCCUUCUCCUCUUCCAGCUCCAGCACUGAGCCGUGCCAGGUGCACCAGAACUGCACACAGCUGGGGAAGGAGACCAAUGUGCCAGGAAACCAAUACCAUGACACCCUGUGCACCUCCUGCAGGAUGGGGGGCAGCAACAGCACGCGGGGACCAGCUCCAGUGGACGAGGACUGCGAGCAAGCUUUGAUCGACUUUGUGGCGUACCAAAACAUCCCCCUGCGGAAGCUGAAGCGCUUGCAGCAGAUCCUGGAGCGCACGCCCAGGAAGCAGGCCCAGGAGACCAAGGCAGUGGCUCAGGAGAAGCUGCGAGCUGUGCUCACACACCGCAAGCAGGAGAACUCAGCUGUCAUCACAGAGCUGCUGGCUGCGCUCCGGGCCACCAAGCUGACCUCCAUAGAGAAGAAGGUGCGGGAGCGCUUUCUCUCGUAGUGGGAACACAGAAUGGACUCUUAGGGUUGCUUUUUUUUCUUUUCUUUCUUUUUUUUUUAUACCAUGGUUCCAUUAAUUUAUUAAUGUUUCAAAAACGAACUGGAAGGGCAGUGUGGAUGAGUGCUGCGUUGUGCCGUGCGUUGGGUGCUCCUCCAGUGUGCCAGGAGCAUCUGCAAUCCGUCAGCAAAGCACCUCCAGCAGCUCACUGCAGGCUUGAGCCUGGCUUGGUUCUGAGCUCUGUGAGUUUGGGUUUGGGGUGUAGCUGGGUUGAUGAGGCCUUUGGAGACGUGGGUAUGGGUGGUGAUGGGUCAACAGUUGGACUGGAUGGGCUUGGAGGUCUCUUCUAACCUUAGAGAUGACGUGAUUCUGGGAUUCAUUUGCUCUUGGCACGCUAAGAAAGGAGUGGAUUGCCUGAGACAGGCUGUGGGGAAGAUGUCCCUAAAGUCUGAGGUCCUGUUGGCUUUCAAUUUAUUUCUGAGCUACCUGAUUUUAUACCAUGUGAGAUACGUUUUCUAAAGAAAGAAACCCAAGAGGUUAUUUUGUUACACCGAUCCUGUUCCCGCUGUCCUUUCCUGAUCUCACUGGGGAGAGGUGGAGCUGGGGGUCCCCCUGCCUUCUGCAGGCACUGCUCAUCCUGACGCCUGCUUUGCACGUCCCUCAAGGGAACGUGACAUCAGCCACUGACAAAGGGGAACUGUGCACACAGAACAGCAAAGCAGCACUGCACACAAGGUGACCGUCCCAGC